AUGGAUCCCAGCUCUCACAAACGCUAUCAUGUACAUGAAUGGGAACCAACAGACAUGCUUAAUGCAUAUCAAUCUAAAACAGCUGAAGAAUAUAUCACUGAUGAGACUGUAAGAUUUCCUAUUGAACAGCUUUAUAAGGUGGCAGGGCAAGGUCAAAUUACAGGAGACUAUUUGAUUGAUAUUUCUGCUGGCCCUGUUGCUUACUAUCUGUUGCCCAUUUUUGAGUUUUUCAGAGACAUCACUAUUUUAGAAUUUAGUGAUCUCUGUGUGAAAGAACUAGAGAAAUGGAGGAAUAGUGACUCAGAAAGUUAUGACUCGACUCAUGCCUUAUCGAUUAUGGCAGAAUUGCAAGGUACAAGCUUUAAGGGCAAUGAAAUGGAAAAUGCUUUAAGAAGAAAUAUCUCACACAUUUUAAAAUGUGAUUUCACCAAGGAAAACAUUACAGAUCCAGUCGUUCUACCAAAAGCAGACUGCGUGCUCAGUUUGUACGUUUUCCAUGCGGUUUGUGAAGAUCUAGACGAAUACUGCCGGAACCUGAAAAAAGUGUCAUGCUUGCUAAAACUGGGUGGGCAUCUGCUGCUAAUUGGAUUAGUUAAUGCAAAAUAUUACACUGUAGGUGGGAGCAAAUAUCACAUAUUAACAACUGAUAAGAAGUUCAUAGAGGAGGCUCUGAGAGAUGCAGGAUUUGUUAUCGAACACAUGGAAGUGAUAGAAAGCAAAAUGCGUAAUGAUACAACAUAUGUGGAACAUAUGUGCUUUAUUAAGGCCUCAAAAGAGAGAAAUGUACUCAUUUAA